AUGGCCUCGGUACGAAGAAAGCUUGCGAUCGGGCUUUGGGGUCCCGACGACCGAGAUCGUGCUCUCCUCUCUAAGCUCGACGUGACCCUGUUGCCCUAUUUCUCCUUGAUCUGGUUUCUUUUCGGGGUAACUCGGGCCAGCUAUUCCUCUGCCUAUAUUAGCGGUAUGAAGGAGGCGCUGGGAUUCCAGGGAAAGGAGUACAACUACAUGAGCACCGCGUACUUAGUUGUUUAUGCUGUUUGCCAGAUCCCGGGGACAAGUCUCCUCACUAUUGUACGGCCUCGAUACGUGUUUGUUACAGCUAAUCUGACAUGGAGUGUCUUAACUUUGAUCACGUACAAGAUGACCCAUGCCUGGCAAGUUAUCUUGUUGAACGCAAUCGAAGGAGGAUUUUCCGCCGUCGCAUAUGUGGGAGCCCACUUUGUCCUCGGCUCUUGGUAUAAAAGAUCCGAGCUCGGCAUCCGUGCUGCCGUGUUCUGUGUGUUCGGACAUAUAGGGACUAUGGCCGGUGGCUGGAUUCAAGCCGGCUUGCUGGAAUCUCUGGCUGGAAAAGGUGGUCUUCCCGCUUGGAAAUGGAUCUUCAUUAUUGUUUCAGUGAUGACUAUCCCUGUUGCACUAUUCGGCUGGAUCUUCAUUCCUGAUCUACCGGUGCAUCGCGCAGCCUGGUUUCUCAACCGCGAGCAGAAAGGGCAUGCUAUCGCCAGACUGGGUGCCCCCCGCGAAGAGUCGUGGGAUGUGUCUGUCUUCAAGCGCGUUCUUCUAAGCUGGCAGUUCUGGCUCUUGCCAUUCAUCUUUAUGUUAUACUCUCUCUGUGUGCAGAUGCUGCAGAAUAAUGUCAUGGCAUACUGGAUGGCUUCCCGAGGUUAUACUACUAUCCAGCAAAACGACUAUCCUACCGGCGUAUAUGCGACAGCUAUUCUCGGCACGGUCUUCUAUGCUGUCAUUUCGGACAGGCUGCAGUCUCGCUGGGAGGUUUCUAUCGCCAUUGGACUGACAUUCGUCAUCGGAUCCAGUAUUCUCGUGUCGAGCCCGUCAUCCGAUGGGGGUUAUUUCGUGGCGUUCUAUUUGCUUGGAACAACAUUCGCGCCUCAAGCGGUUUGGUAUUCCUGGAUGGCGGAUGUGACUGGUCAUGAUUUUCAGCUGCGUGCCAUCACCACUGGUUUCAUGAACUCAUUCGACUUCGCCUUCGUUACUUGGUGGCCGCUCAUCUUUUACCCAGCCACUGCGGCCCCGAACUUCCACAAGGGUUACGUUGCCAGUUUAGUGACUGGAGCCUUGACCUUGCCAUUUAUUGGCCUCAUUGCUCAUCUUGAGCACAGAGACCGGAAACGAGAUGUUAUUGGAAGGGUCGCGGCUGACGGAUCAGUUGCUGGUACAGAUCAUCUUGAACAAAGUGAGCCUGAAGACGGACCAGGAAAAGCAGCAGGUGUCCCAGUCAAUAUUCGAGCAGAUGAACUGAACGUGUAG